GAACCGGAAGUAUAUGCUGGGUGACUGCUGUUGUUGACAUUACGCACUCGUGUCUUUCACGGGCUGUAAUAUUUAAUAGACGUUGGCGUUGUAAAUUCAAAAGCUGCUUAAUAAUCGUGUCAUACCGUCACAUUAACGUGGUCUGAAUUCGCCGCUGUGCUGUGCGUUUAUUGACCGCCGAUAACUGGCAGCUCGGCUAGCUCCGGAGGCUAACCUUUUAUGGAGGAAGUUAGCUAAUCAGUAAGCCAUGGAGAGCAAAUUUAAGCCCAGCUAAUAGAAUUAAAUAGUUCACUUUGUAGACACGAUUUUAUUGCAGCCAGCUACCUGAGGCAACACUGACAGCAAGCAGAUGUCUGUAGAGCUGGAUGUGUUCGUGGGUAACACCACCAUCAUGGAUGAGGAGGUUUACCAGCUGUGGUUGGAUGGAUACACAGUGAAUGAUGCGGUGAAGGUACGCAUGGAGGGAGGAGUGAUGGACGAGUGUGAGGCAAGUAAAGAUGUCCUGCUGAGUGACACCAUGGACCAGUACAGGACUUUCCAGAUGUGUGAGCGCCUGCUGCACAGUCCGGCCAAACUAGCCAACCAGCUGCUGUUCCAGAUCCCACCUCAUCGGCAAAUCAUGCUCAUAGAGAGAUACUAUGCCUUUGAUGAUACAUUUGUUCGUGAGGUCCUGGGAAAGAAGCUCUCCAAGGGAACAAAGAAAGACUUGGACGACAUCAGUGCCAAGACAGGUGUGACACUAAAAAGCUGCAGACGACAGUUCGACAACUUCAAACGUGUUUUCAAAGUUGUGGAAGAGCUGAAGGGACCCCUGGUGGAGAACAUACGUCAGCAUUUUCUUCUGUCUGACAAACUUGCAAGGGAUUACGCUGCCAUCGUUUUCUUUGCCAACAAUCGGUUUGAGACGGGAAAAAGAAAGCUGCAAUACCUCAGUUUCCAGGAUUUUGCUUUCUGUGCCGGCCAGCUUAUCAGCAACUGGACAGUUGGGGCUGUUGACAACAUGGUGGAAGACAUGGACGUCGAUCUUGACAAAGAGUUUUUACAAGAACUGAAAGAGCUGAAGAUUUUAAUCACUGACAAAGAUCUGCUCGAUCAACACAAAAGUUUGGUCUGUACAGCCCUCAGAGGAAAGACGAAAGUUUUCCUUGAGAUGGAGGCUAGUUUCAAGAAUCUUUCCAGAGGCCUCAUCAACAUAGCUGCAAAGCUGACCAACACAAAAGAUGUCAGAGAUUUCUUUAUUGAUCUCGUAGAGAAGUUUAUUGAGCCGUGCCGUUCAGACCGGUGGACAGCUGCGGACAUGAAACUCUACCUCACUCAUUACACCAACUCUGCACACAUACUCGACACAUUCAAACAUCAGGUCGUGUGGGACAGAUACAUGGGCGUCGUCAAAAGCUGCAUCUUCAAAAUGUAUCACGACUGAAGCGUUCUCUUAGCGGUUCACUUCUCCUUUCAGUUUGCUAAGGCGUUACUUUGCUCCUUCGGAUGUGCUUUCUCUGCUUCUUCUGUCAUCGCUGUAUGUUUGUCUGCCUGCCUUGCUCCUAGCGUCCCCCAACAUUGUCUGUAAAUUUGGUUUGUAAAUAAAAUGAAGAUUUUA